GGCAGAGCGGCAGCGCGGCUGGGCGCGAAGAGCACUCCUCCGGUACCCGGCAGAGGCCGACGCGGGGGAUUUCCGCCUCAGGCGGGAGGGCGGGACGCCUCCCUCUUCUCCGCACGCGGCGUCCCCAGGCGCCGCUCCGCGCGGCCGGCGUCAAGCAGUGACACUCCGCGGGCCAGCCGCGCCAGGCUCCGCCGCCGCCGCCAUCAACAGGCUAUUCAUCCUCCGCCCGCUCCUCCCCCUUAUAAGCCCCGCUCCUCCCCCUCCCCCUCGAACGUUUGAAAUUCCUUGCGCGCCAUUAUGUCUGACAGAGCGAAGGGCAGAUAACGGUGAUUGGUCUCUCCGGGCAACCGACUCGGCGCGCCGCAGUUCUAAUUGGCCGGUUCUUUCACGGAACGCUCUUCCUCUGAUAUGAUAGGCUGAGCAGCAGGCGGGGUGGGAGUGGGCUGUGCUAUACGGGAUACGCUUUGCUGUCGGCUUCUCAAAACUGCGCCCCUCCUGCCUUCUGUUUGGCUAGAUCCUCCGGGAGCCACGCCCCAUAUUCUAUGACCAGGUCCCGCCGUCUGCCCUACGGAAGCCUUUUGCCCCGCCCCUCUUUUGGCGGCCAACGCGCUUUCCUGGUCCCCUCGUGCUUUCCCCUUUAUAACGGUCAACGACAUAGGGUCCGCUCGCACGCUGAUUGACGUGUGUGUAGGCCAAUGAGAAUGCAGCUUCGGCAGAUUUAAUUUGUAGAAACCUGCCUAAUCCUCCCGCCCUCCGAAAUCUGCGUGAGGUGAGGGAGGGUCGGGAAGUUUAGGAAUUAAUGGUCGCUUGCAUGAUACUUCCAGGUGUUGCUUUCUCUCCUCAGAGGAAGACAGAGCCCCAUUCAAGUGCCUUCAAAGGGAACGUGGAUGGGCGAUAAGGGGUCAUUUUUUCCAAGGGGACCAAGCACUCUCUGAAAAAUGUAUAAUAAUAAUAAUAGCAAUAAAGGAGAAAGACAAACAAAAAGAUAGGCAUGGUGUUUCUCUGCUCCUUUAUAUUUAUUAUUAUUAUUAUUAAAAAAAUAUUUAUUUGUACCCCACCUUUCUUCCUCACAAGGUUUCAAGGUGGCUUACAGAUAAAAUAUACACCCCAAAAGAUACAGACUUCUGAAGGGGAAGGAGGGAGUGAUUUUAAAGAAACCCAAUACCGGUGAGGAUGAUUAGUAAGAACACUGCUAAUUUAUAUGGCUCCAUCGAUAUGACAUUUUCCAAAAGGACAGCCAUAUUAGCCUGUUGCAGCAAAAACACAACCUACAGCCUUGCAGAGCUGUCAAGAUACACAAAUUUUCUACAGCUUUCAAGUGGGAACACAGGGAGCUGCCUUGCACCAGGUCAGUUGCCUAACACUGAUGGAUUUAGCUCAAGGCCGUCCACUCUGACUGGCAGUGCCUCUCCAGGGUUUCAGGCAGGGGUUUCCCUGGCCCAACCUGGAGGUGCCUUUGGGGAUUGAAGCUGAGAUGUUUUGUAUACAAGGCAGAUGCUCCUUUAGUCAUUAGUUUGCACCAGGCGUCCUAUUGGGAAGAUCCAGUUCUCUGAGUGCAUGUUCUGGAAGUUGGGCAGUAGGGGCAGUACAGGAUUCCUUUUGGUGUACCGACCUCCCCGCUGCACCAAGGAUUCCCUGCCCGAGCUGCUUCAGGUCGUGGCGGAUGUUCUCCUGGAGACACCUAGUUUGGUCGUCCUAGGGGAUUUUAACAUCCAUGCCGACACGACCUUACAAGGGGCCGCUCGGGACUUCGUGGAAAGCAUGGCCUCCAUGGGGCUGUCCCUGAAUAAGUCUGGCCCAACCCAUAGCUGCGGACAUGCCUUGGACCUGGAGUUUACCUCUAUGGAUGUUGGUGAUCUGACACUAAGUAAAAGCGAAACAAAAGAAGUGCCAUGGUCAGAUCACUUCCUGGUGCAACUGGACUUCUCUGCGACCCAUCCCCUCUGCAGGGAGGUGGGACCAAUUUGGAUGGUCCGCCCCCGCCACUUAAUGGAUCCAAAUGGUUUCCAGAGAGUGGUAGGGGAUGCUUUAUCCCAUGUUGAUGGCCUUUCAGCUGAUUCCCUGGUGGCCCGCUGGAAUGUGGAGUUAACCAGGGCUAUUGACUGUUUGGCUCCGAAGCGCCCUCUCCGAUUGCAUGGAGCCCAGACAGCCGCGUGGUUUUCCACGGAUCUGAGGGCAAUGAAACAAUCGUUGAGAAGGCUAGAGCGCCGGUGGCUGAUAACUCAUUCCGAAUCUGACCGGACACAGGUUAGAGCUCAACGUCGAGCCUACCAAGUGGCAAUAGCGACGGCGAAGAAGAAUUUCUUCACCGCCUCUAUUGCAUCUGCAGAAAACAGCAGCAGGAGACUUUUUCAGGUGGUUCACAAUUUAGCGGAACCACCUGCAACAUCGGGGCCCAGUAUGGGCCACAUGUUCUCCUGCAAUGAUUUUGCAAAGUUUUUUGCAGAUAAAAUCGCUCAGAUUCGGGAAGAAGUAGACUCCACUGUGGGAGCAGGGCCGGGGUGGGAGAGUGCUAGAGUCCUGUCUAGUCAAGUUGCGUGGGAUCAAUUCCAAUCUGUUACCUCCGAGGAUGUGGACAGGCUGCUUGGAUGAGUGAAGCCAACCACCUGUCUCCUGGAUCCUUGCCCAUCCUGGCUUAUAAAAGCUAGCCGGGAAGGACUGGGCGAUGGGCUUCGUGGGGUGGUGAAUGCUUCCCUCCGUGAGGGAGCCUUCCCAGACCCGCUGAAAGAGGCGGUUAUUAAACCGCUUCUGAAAAACCAUCUUUAGAUGCGGCCACGAUGGCCAACUAUCGCCCAGUCUCAAAUCUUCCAUUCUUGGGCAAGGUGAUUGAGCGUGUGGUUGCUGAACAACUCCAGGCACGCCUGGAAGAAGCGGACCAUUUGGAUCCCUUCCAGUCGGGAUUCGGGCCUCAUCAUGGGACUGAAACUGCCUUGGUCGCACUGGUUGAUGAUCUCCGGCAGGCUAGGGACAAAGGUGAGAGCUGUUUCCUAGUUCUGCUGGAUCUCUCAGCGGCGUUUGAUACCAUCGACCAUAACAUCCUUCUGGACCGUCUUGAGGGGCUGGGAGCUGGGGGCACUGUCAUACAGUGGUUCCGCUCCUUCCUCCUGGGCCGUGUUCAGAAAGUGGUGGUGGGGGAUGAGUGUUCAGACCCCUGGGCUCCCACUUGUGGGGUGCCUCAGGGUUCUGUGCUCUCCCCCAUGCUUUUCAACAUUUACAUGCAGCCGCUGGGAGAGAUCAUCAGGAGGUUUGGGCUGGGUGUUCAUCGGUAUGCAGAUGAUACCCAGCUCUACCUCUCUUUUAAAUCAGAACCAGUGAAGGCAGUGAAGGUCUUGUGUGAGUGUCUGGAGGCGGUUGGAGGAUGGAUGGCAGCUAACAGAUUGAGGUUGAAUCCUGACAAGACAGAAGUACUGUUUUUGGGGGACAGGAGGCGGGCAGGUGUGGAGGAUUCCCUGGUCCUGAAUGGGGUAACUGUACCCCUGAAGGACCAGGUGUGCAGCCUGGGAGUCAUUUUGGACUCACAGCUGUCCAUGGAGGCACAGGUCAAAUCUGUGUCCAGGGCAGCUGUUUACCAGCUCCAUCUAGUACGUAGGAUGAGACCCUAUCUGCCUGCGGACUGCCUCGCCAGAGUGGUGCAUGCUCUGGUUAUCUCCCGCUUGAACUACUGCAAUGCGCUCUACGUGGGGCUACCUUUGAAGGUGACUCGGAAACUACAACUAAUCCAGAAUGCGGCAGCUAGACUGGUGACUGGGGGUGGCCGCCGAGACCAUAUAACACCGGUCUUGAAAGACCUACAUUGGCUCCCAGUACGUUUCCGAGCACAAUUCAAAGUGUUGGUGCUGACCUUUAAAGCCCUAAACGGCCUCGGUCCAGUAUACCUGAAGGAGCGUCUCCACCCCCAUCGUUCUGCCUGGACGCUGAGGUCCAGCGCCGAGGGCCUUCUGGCGGUUCCCUCAUUGCGAGAAGCAAAGCUACAGGGAACCAGGCAGAGGGCCUUCUCGGUAGUGGCGCCCGCUCUGUGGAACGCCCUUCCAGCAGAUGUCAAAGCAAUAAACAACUACCUGACAUUCAGAAGACAUCUUAAGGCAGCCCUGUUCAGGGAAGUUUUUAACGUGUGAUAUUUUAGUGUAUUUUUUGUUUCUAUGGAAGCCGCCCAGAGUGGCUGGGGAGGCCCAGCCAGAUGGGCGGGGUAUAAAUAAUAAAUUAUUAUUAUUAUUAUUAUUAUUAUUAUUAUUAUUUACUGAGCCAGGACCUCUUACCUUUUACACACACACACACACACACACACACACACACAUUAUUCACCACCUUGUUUGUUCUUGCUUAAAUCUGUUUCCUGUAAAAUGCUGCAAAGUAUUGUUUUCAACCCCCUGGGUCUUUUCAACAAUAUUGUGAAGCUAAGUUUUGCAAGAGAUGAUGUAUGCUACUACAGCACAGCAGUACAGUGCAUCUUGCAAAAUCCUGCUUCCAAUAUAAAAAAAUAUAAAUUUUCAAAAUUACAAAUAAAAGCAAGGCUCUUGUCCAGGGGAAAUGUAGUCAAUAGAACUUAAGUUUGUCCCAGCAAAAUCAUGCUUUCAUUUCCCUCCCAGCAGCAGACAAAUAAUGAGAAGGACAGGGCAGCAAGAUGUCUGGCCAUGGCUAAUUUUCACUACACAUUACUGAGGGGGUGGGGAGAAACUCAACGUGGGGCUCUAGUUUUCUGUCUUAACAUCUAGUUCUGCUCUAAAAAUCUCUCUCUCUCUUUCCCCCUGCCUUCCAUGCAUAUGCUCAAACCUUCCUCAGUUUUUUUCUGUCCUUUCACUACCUCUUACUGUUAUGAAGCAAAUUAUCCAGAAAGGUAACAGUUGAGAAUGUGCUGUUUUUUAUUGACUUGCUGGAUGUGCAUUGUGAAUAGCAGAUAUAGUACAUAUAAAACAGGAAGAUGGUUGCGAGUAGAAUUAAUAUCACAACAGGAACUUUAGGCAAAAGCAUUUAUGUGACACCCCGUUGCAUUUCUGUAGGCAAAACUAAUUCUAUGUCAAUACCUUCCGGUAGGAAACAGCCAGGAAACAUUUACUACGCAACAGGGCCCUGGAAUGUCAGGCAUGAGAGAAGAAAGCCAAGUAGGGUAGGAGCCAGGUACAGGAGUAGGUGUCAACAGGUUCAGGUAAGACAAGUACUAUUUGGUCCACAUAUAAUUGCCAGGAAGCUUUUGAGCCUAGUUAAUACAAGAGUAGUUUAAAAAUCAAGUACCAUGGCUUAGGGUUGGGGAAAAGGGUAAAUUGGACAGGUCAAAGCCUGUGAAUGUUAGCAUUUAUGUCAAAACUGGAAACAAGAAGUCAAAAAGUUAAUGUUUGAGAGACACCUUUGCUCUUUUAAACCCUCACUUUUCAUAAUUCCAUUAUCCCUUCCACCAAUCAAAAGGCAGAAAGCAGUAUUUGUUGGCAAAGGUACUCUUCACAGCUCACAGGGGACCUACUACUUAACGACUAGAUUUAUCUAUGCCACUUUUCCUGGGCGAAGGAGCCUACAAACACAGAAAACAUGGUCACUGAUUCUUAACCCAGUGCACCCCUAUUUGGCUUAAGAAAGGAGACAUAAUCAAGUUAUGAGGAACUAUCCUGGGAUAGCUCAGUCAGUAGAGCAUGAGACUCUUAACUCAGGGUCGUGGUUUUGAGCCCCACAUUGAGCAAAAGAUUCAUGCAUUGCAGAGAGGGAUGGACUAGAUGACCCUCAUGGUCCCUUCCAAGCCUAUGAUUCUACAAAGUUGUUUAUACAUGCAGAUAUGACUGGCAAGCCAACUGGGCCAGAUUUACGGUAAUCUGUAUAUCAUUCGUUGUGUGUUCCCAAAGUACACUUUCCCCCUUACAGUGGAAGAGGACUUUUACAAUGACUUUUUCUUCCUACUUGCUCCAGUGAGCAGGGCUAUGCAAGUUAGCCUUGGGAUAACCUUCCAGUGCGGGAGUGUGCCUCUGCUCAGUUCUGGUCUUCCUGAGCUCAAAGUGACAAAGUGUUGACAGAGCUCUACCAAACUUUCUAUAAAAAACCCUCUCUUUUCAAUUGACAGGAGGCUAUUUAGGGUGGGAAGAGGGAGGUGGGAAAGAGGAAGGUUAGAUGUUCACAAACAGGCUACUGCAAAGCUGUCAAUCAUAUAACAUUUCAGAUCCAUUUCAGUCUGGGUUCCAUCCUGGUUUCGGGACUGAGACGGCUCUGGUCGCCCUAACAGAUGAUAUCUGUAGACAACUGGAUCGAGGCGGGUCGGGACUGCUGAUUCUCUUAGAUUUGUCAGCAGCCUUUGACAUCGUCGAUCAUGAUCUUCUGGACCACCGCCUCACCGACGUGGGAAUACAGGGCAUAGCCUGAAAAUAGCUGUGCUCCUUUAUCUCUGGUCGGGGACAGAGGGUGGUGCUAGGGAGGGAGAUGUCAUUGCACCACUCCUUGGUGUGUGGAGUGCCACAGGGCGCAAUCCUCUCCCCGAUGCUUUUUAACAUCUUUAUGUGCCCCCUUGCCCAGAUUGUCUGGAGCUUUGGGCUGGGUUGUCACCAAUAUGCUGAUGACACUCAGCUCUAUCUGCUGAUGGAUGGUCACACGACUCGGCCCCGGACACACUGACCAGAUGCUUGGAAGCUGUGGCUGGAUGGUUUCGUGGGAGCCGAUUGAAACUAAAUCCUUCGAAGCCAGAGGUCCUCUGGCUGGGUCGGGAUGGCAUAGGGAUGAGGGACCAACUCCCUUCUCUUGUGUCAUUGCCUUCCGUUAAGAGUUUAGGUGUAAUCCUUGACACCUCCCUUUCCAUGGAGGUGCAGGUUACAGCAACAGCCAAGGCAACAUUUUUCCACCUUCGCCGCAUCAAGCAGUUGGUCCGUUACCUUUCCCGCCCUGAUCUGGCCACAGUGAUCCAUGCGACGGUCACCUCCAGGCUUGACUACUGUAAUUCACUCUACGCGGGGCUGCCCUUGAAGCUGUCCCAGAAACUCCAGCGGGUGCAGAAUGCUGCAGUGAGGCUCCUCAUGGGGUCUCUGCCAUGGGAGCAUAUUCACCCAGUGUUUUUCCAGCUGCACUGGCUCCCGGUGGAGUACAGGGUCAGAUUUAAGGUGCUGUUUUUGACCUUUAAAGCCCUUUGUGGCUUAGGGCCCUCAUAUUUAUGGGACCGCCUCUCCUGAUAUGCCCCACGGAGGACCUUAAAUAGCAACAUCCUAGAGGUCCCGGGCACUAAGGAAGUCAGAUUAGCUUCAACCAGAGCCAGGGCCUUUUCAACACUGGCUCUGGCCUGGUGGAACACUCUGUCUCAUGAGACCAGGCCCCUGCAGGAUCUGAUUUCUUUCCGCAGGGCCUGUAAUACAGAGUUAUUCCACCUGGCUUUUGGCUUGGAAUCAGUUUGAUUCCCUCCCCCUCUUUCUUUCUUUUUUCCUUUCUCCUUCUGUGUUGGAACUCGUAUUUGGGGACUUCCCUGGCUUUUUUCUGGCCCACAUAGGACCUGUCUGGAUAGUUAGCCUUGGUGAAGACUUGACGUUUUCAUCCCCAAAACGUUUUUGAUUUGAGUUUCCACUGAAAUGAGGCUGCAUCUUAAAGUUUUAAUGUUGUAUUUUAAUCUUGUUUUUUAAGCUGUAUUUCAACCAAUUGUUUUUAUAUUUGGUGUUAGCCACCCUGAGCCUGGUCUUGGCUGGGGAGGGCGGGGUAUAAAUUAUUAUUAUUAUUAUUAUUAUUAUUAUUAUUAUUAUUAUUAUUAGUGUAGCAGCAGCAGUGUUCUCCCCACAAGUAGAAGACAAACCUGUGCUGUCAAUAAAUUGUUUGGGGAAACUCUUGGAGAUGGAUAUCAGGUAGAUACAAGUGGGCACAGAGAGCAAACUUUGUGGUGGUGGUACUGUCUCCUCAAUAACCAGGGACCUAGCCAAACCCAAGGAGGAAUACUCAGAUGGUAAUAAGCCCAAGCUUGUGCAAGUACUUAACCACCCUGCCUGCAAAACAUAAAGCUCCUGAGAUCAAGGCAGAAGGAUGGGGGCAGGCUAGCAUCAAUCAGUGGGGAUUGCUGCCACCCAGCCUGUUGAUGGGAAAUCCCUACAACCCAAGUUUUGCUGAUAGAUCUGGCAGAUUCUUAUUAAGGUCCUAGCACAGGGGAAGGCACACAGCCAUCCACCAAGAGAGUCCAUGGUGCACAACUAAAAAAACAGUUUAAAACAACCUUCUAAAACAGUUUAAAAUUCCUAAAAGCAAUUACCUACACUCAAACUAAUCAUAACAGAGUUGCUAGGGUCAGAAUUUUCAGCCAUCAAUUGGCCAAGUAAACAGGAAUCAUUUUAAAUAUAUCCUAAAAGUUCACAGUGAAGGAGACUGAUUCACCUCCUUUGGGAGGGCCUUCCACUUUUUUUUUUUUAAUUGCAGGGCACUUGUAAGAGUGGUGAUAUUCCAGUGCUAACAUAUAGCCACACUUGUACAACUGGCAAUUGCAGACACAACAUGUCAUGUGCUGGUUUUAACCUUUAAAGCCCUAUACGGCCUAGGACCCUCGUACCUACGGGACCGCCUCUCCUGGUAUGCCCCACAGAGGAACCUACUGUCUGCAAAUAAAAACAUCCUGAAGGUCCCAGGCCUCAGAGAGGUUAGGCUGGCCUCAACUAGAGCCAGGGCUUUCUCGGCUGCGGCUCCAAUCUGGUGGAACGCUCUGUCACAAGAGACUAGGGCCCUGCGGGACCUGACAUCUUUCCGCAAGGCCUGCAAGACAGAGUUGUUCCACCAGGCCUUUGGUCAGGGCCCAGCCUGACUCCCUCCUCUGGCAACCUGCACAGAACUUUGCUUAACGGUUGCCAUUAAUUUGAUUUUAAUUAAUUUUUAUAAUGAAAUGUUUUAGAAUGUUGGAUUAUUUGAUUGUUUGAUUAUUUGAUUGUUGUUAGCUGCCCUGAGCCCGGCUUUGGCUGGGGAGGGCGGGAUAUAAAUAAAAUUUAUUAUUAUUAUUAUCAAAAAAGCAAGAUGAACCAUUGUCGUGAAUAGUUUCUCUUCACAAGCAUCCUGUGCCAUGGUUCCACAGUCACAACCUUCAUUCCCCAGUCAUUUUGAAGCAAACAUGAUGAGCAAGUUGCUUAUUCUCUAGUGAUCCUCAGCAGUGGUGAUUUGGCCUCUGAUGGCUAUGGCAUCGGAGGUUAUGGUGGCAGCAUCCAAGUGUUUGAUUAUAAAGGGAUAUAGAUGCUUAAGAGGAAGCAAAAGAUCAGAGAAUUCCACAAGGGGGGGGCGGAAAGAACCCAGCAUUCCAUUACCUUGUUUGGCCAGCUCAGCAGCAGCUGCAAGGGCUUCAUGGACUGUAGCACAUGCUUCAAUAACUGUAACCUGGUCAGCAUCGCUCUUAUGCACAACCUAUAAAAGACACAGAUAAGAAGCACCCCAUAUGCAGAAAAUGACUGGCCAACUAACAUAAUAAAACAUCAACCUAUAGCAACCUUUGGCCCUCAAGAUAUUGCUUGACUACAACUUCCAUCAUGUCUAACAAUUGACCAUGCUGGCCAGGAAGUUGGAGUCCAAAAUACAAAUGGCUAAUUCAGGCUGCUGCUGUUCUCUAGUGGAAAGUAAGAGGCCCAUGUGAACUAAGAAAAUAGAGGAGGCCUGUUCAGCAUCAGAUAUCGCCCUCAAAAAGUGGGCUGUAAGUGGAGAGCAAUCCGCACUUUAUUCUUAUACUACAGUAGAUACUGUAGAUCAGGGGUGUCAAACUCAAAUUCAUCGGGGGCCGUGGCGCCGCUAGAGGGUAGAUGUUCUCUGGUUUGUAGGCUGCCGCGCAUGCGCUGAAGAGGCGGCUUUCUUGUGUAAAAAAAAAAAAAGCGAGAAUAAAAGGUGAAGGCUGGCGGCCGGCAGCGGCUACACUGGCCUUGUGUUUGACACCCGUGCUGUAGAUACUGAACCAAAAAAAAAAAAAAAAGAAUUACUGUAUGCACACUUGUGCACAAAGCUGGGUUACCAAGAUGAUAAAUCAUAAGUGGUUAUUAAUAUAAACCUUUUCACUUGCUUUAAUAGCAAAAUGUCCUGGUGCUGCAAAUCUCUGCUUCCUAGGGAGAUUUUGAGCAGAAACCCAAGGCAACUUUUGAGAAAGCAAAAUAUAAUGUAAUUGAAUUGAAUGAACUCAAGUCACAUAGUUUUUGUUUCUCCGCCCCCCCCCAACCCUCAUUUAUGAUACCUACUUCAAUAUCUGCCUGAAGACAGUCUCUCUAUUAUUCUGGUGGAGCUAGACUUUAUGUCUGCAGCUGGAAACUGGUGAAACAUGACUUCUAGGCAGAUUACUUGGGAACAGCUUAUGGCUGUGCAAUACCUCAGGCCUAUUUUAGCAAUUUCGUGGCUAUAUGGCCAGCUAAUAUCAGUCAUCUGCCAUCUAGUGGUAGAUACAUGUAUGACUCAAUGAUGCAAGUACUUACGAGUAUGUACAGUACUUUUUUUUUUGGCAUGACGUAUCAGAAAUUUUGGCCUUUGUCCAAAGAGACUGAUUUAUGUUACAGCCUUGGCUCUAGUAUAGAGGUCAAAAUGACAACCAAUUAGUCUGGGCCUCGCAUUCACUAAGUUUUUUGGCAUUUCAUAAUAUCUGUUAACAUUCCAAAUCUGCCACAUUCCAAGUAUUUUAUGUCAUCAGAAUGAUGUACAAGCAUUAUUGCUGCAAGGAUUCAGUGAGAGCAAAUUCACCAUGCGUUGGUUCAAUUCACAAUCUUUUCCAACCUCCAUGAGUGUAAUUAAUUAAAAGUCUAGUUUUGUUCCAGAAGUGCAUCCUCCUUAAAUUGAAUCUCUGUGUGGGGGAAUAAGUGCAUCCUUCACAUAAGUAAAACACGUGGCUGUAGUAUAAUAAAGAAACAGUACCACAAACAGGCCUACCUAGUGUUGUCAACAGGGAGAGAUGAAACUUUUAAACACAGAGAAAAUAAGUCACAUUACCUAGUUCACAUCUUCAGUGAGAUAGUAUGUCACAGGUGGAAUAACCAAUACAGCCCUCUCUGCCUUUCUUAACACCUGAGGAGGCAGACUUUCAGAUAUUUGGGGCCUCCGUUAAUUAGGACUUUAUCCUUCUAUCCCUAGUGGUUACAGAAGUUGGCAAAUCACUUUGACUGUUUGGGGUUGAGGUGCUGGCUCAUCACCCCUCACACCCACCUCUAAAUGUCCUCCAAGACAUCUAUUUGCUUAAUAUAUAUGCAACCCCUACUCAAAGGAGAUCUUAAAGGUAAAGGUACCCCUGCCCGUACGGGCCAGUCUUGCCAGACUCUAGGGUUGUGCGCUCAUCUCACUCUAUAGGCUGGGAGCCAGCGCUGUCCGCAGACACUUCCGGGUCAUGUGGCCAGCGUGACAAGCUGCAUCUGGCGAGCCAGCGCAGCACACGGAACGCCGUUUACCUUCCCGCUGGUAAGCGGUCCCUAUUUAUCUACUUGCACCCGGGGGUGCUUUCGAACUGCUAGGUUGGCAGGCGCUGGGACCGAACGAUGGGAGCGCACCCCGCCACGGGGAUUCGAACCGCCGACCAUGCGAUCGGCAAGUCCUAGGCACUGAGGUUUUACCCACAGCGCCACCCGCGGAGAUCUUACCAUGAGGCAAAUGAGGUGUUUGCCUCAGGCAGAAAGCUGAAGGACAUACAACUCUAACACAUAAAGCACAAUGCACCAGGAAAUUCUCUUGUAGAAAAGUCUUGUUGGCAGAGCUCUAGGAUUGAUUAGUGGGAAGGGGAAACUGCAUUAUAUGAAGUCAGGUGUGCGGAAUCUGUUGUACACUAGGUGUUGUUGGAUUACAACUGCCAUCACCCCUGACCAUUGGUCAUGCUGACUGGGGGAGCUGAUGGGAGUUGGAGUCCACAACAUCUGAAAGGCCACAGGUGCACCAUCCCUGUAUUAAGAGGAUUGAACUUGUUCACAUUUCAAUCACAAACAGUGGCCAGGCUGUGCCACCUGCCCACCCACCCAUGCAGGAGGAGCCCAGGCGACCAACACAGCCCUUGGCAGAUGAAUUUUCCCAGCACUGGCCAGCCGGUCAUUCAGUGAGGGUAGGCCAGGUCAGGCUGGGCUCCUGGGCCCAAAGACCCCCAGUGACAGGCAUGGUGGGGAUCCUUGCUUGGAGGCUACCUGGCUCACACCCCCUCAAAAUCAUGCAUUCAGGGCCCCCCGGUCCUCCCCAAAGUGUUCCUGAUCACAAACAUUUUUGGGGGGAGGGGAAAAUUCUAGAAUAUAUUAUUAUUAUGCUUUUAAUGUGUUUGUUUGUAAGCUUUUGAUACUUAACAAAUGGGAUGGGAAAUGUCUAAUAUUCAUUUAAUAAUUAAGGAUAAUGAUGACGAUGAUGAUGACAAUGUUGAUAAAGACUUGGAGUAAUGGAGAUGAAGGUGGACACAUACUGUCACUUGCGUAGUGUCUCUUGGGGCCCUUAGCUUGGGUCCAGGAUGAGAUAGAAUCAUAGAAUCGUAGACUUGGAAGGGACCCCAAGGAACAUCUAGUCCAACCUGCAAUGCAGGAAUCUCAGCUAAAGCAUCUGUGACAGAUGACCAUCCAACCUCUGCUUAAAAACCUCCAAGGAAGGAGAGUCCACAAGGGAGACCGUUCCACUGUGGAACAACUCUUACUGUCAGAAAGUUUUUCCGCAUGUUUAGUUGGAAUUUCAUUUCUUGAAUGAAUUGCUCUUUGAUGCACAUGCCUGUCUCCUUACAGCACCCAUGGUGGAUCUCUGUAAUUCAACCAAGGGAGAAUCCUUUCAGCAAGCAGAAGACUCUGCCAGUUCAGUGAGUGACCAAAAGAUACAGCCUCAUUUCCCCCAGGGCAUGUGGCUCUCUUGGGGAGACUCUUAAAAGCCCCAGCCCAUGUUCCACACAUCAACUGCCCACUAUCUGUGGUUAUUGGUUCCAGGAGCUGCACCUGCCAUGGCUUUAGGGGAGAAAACAUUAUGAUGUCACUGUGUGCACAGAGACCCAUGACAGGAGAAGUCAGGAAACAUUUCUCUCUCAUGCCUUACCAAUGCAGUCAGCAGGGACCAAAGGAAGGCUUUGCCCCUCAAGUCCUGCUCACUCACUAAACCUGGGUCCCUCCCCAAUGCCAAUGAAGAAUAAGUGCCUAAUCCCAUUGUGGGGAGAGGCAGGUAGUGAGGAUGGAAGAUGGUGAAUAUAAUUUCAAUAGGAACUGUGAUGUUAGUCCUGCUUAGCUUGAAUUAAGGAGUCAGGAAGUGUUGGUGGUGAACAACCUGAGUGACUGUUUAGCCUACAAGGAGUGCUUGCCAAGUCAGCUGUCUCUUGUUCAGCACCCCAGUCCUUCAUCCCAAGUGACUGGAGCAGUAUCAUGUACAUUCAAAUAUUAUUGCCCAAUUUGUUUUUAAUUGUAUUGUUAAAUUUAUGAUUAAAAUUGUAAAUGGUAUCAGUCCUUAGAGGAAGCACAGCAGAGUGCUUUGUGGGAUAGAUAAAAAGAUCAAUAAUGGCCAUGGCAGAAUGCAUUCUAGAUGAAGUAUAAUUCAGUGUCUUGUGAUGUAGCUAGUGGGGACCCAGCAUGAAUUCAUAGCUGAUGUCAUUGGCUCUUUCUCUGAUCAUCUUCCCGCCUCGUCCCUGUGGUAGGUGGAGCCCCCUCGGCCCCGCAGUGUCUCUGUUGUUUCUACCACUUCCCAAUUAAGCAGCCGCAACCCAAAGGAUGUCCUACGCCAUCGCAUAUUCCACUUAUCUGAGAUGCUGCGGGUGGAGAAAGCCAAUCGGGAUGACAAUACCUCAUGCUAUGUGGAGCUGGUGGGCAAGGCAGACAGAGAGAAAGCACCUUCCAUCCGGCAGGCCUUUGAACGUAUCAACCAGCGCUCCUCAGCCAAUAUUGCCCAACUAGAACAGCGUCUGCAGGAUUCCUGGGCUCAGCUGAAGAAGUUGGAACAGAGGAUUUUUACAAGCCAGGACAGCAGCAGCAGUGCUACUCCUGCCCAGCAGCAGCUCACCACUCCCAGGAACAGCAUGUCUCACCAGCCAUCCUUCAGCAUACCCAGAAACCGCACUUCAGAAACUUGCACUGUUGAGGAACUCCUUCCUUCCAUCUCGGAGAGCAAAGAAAACAGGUCUGCUCAAGAGGCUUCCUCAAAGCAAAUCCUUGAGGAAGAGAUCAAGCAGAGGGUUCAAGAGUUGAAAGCUCAGCUGCUUGAUCUUAGAGAAGACCACAAGGUCCUGGAGGAUGAGUGGCACAAGCUGGAUGAGUCAUGGAAGGCUGACAAACAGCAGAUGAUGGAACUGCUGCAGGAGGAGAAGAAGAGGUGGGCACCCACAUUAAUGAGGGCAGUUGGCUCCAGUAUCCCAUCUCCUGACACCCCAUUCUCAGGUUUGAUGUUUCCUGGUCUCCUGUCUCCUUGUCCCCCUGCUCAGUCUCACAGGUUCAGAGCCUGUGGCUCAAGAUCUUCAAUGCUCUGCUGUUAGGGCCAGAAUCUAGAGUUGUGUGCCAAGGCCCCAUGACCCCACAGUUCUCUAGGGAAAUGACACAGGACAACAGCAUACAAUGGUACCUUGGGUUAAGGACUUAAUUGGUUCUGGGGGUCUGUUCUUAACCUGAAAUUGUUCUUAACUUGAGGUACCACUUUAGCUAAUGGGGCCUCCCGCCACCGCCGCGCAAUUUCUGUUCUCAUCCUGAAGCAAAGUUCUUAACCCGAGGUACUAUUUCUGGGUUAGCUGAGUCUGUAACCUGAAGCGUCUGUAACCUGAAGCAGCUGUAAUCCGAGGUACCACUGUAUUGGGUUUUUGCCUUGAACAAUUUUGCCUGUAACAAUUGGUUACAGUAAAGAAUGGUUUGGCAUAAGCAUUGGGUAAAGCCGUUACUAUUCCACUCCAGUGCAUCUGCUGGAAGUGCAUCAAAGGAUAGAUCACAUCUUGGGGAGGGGGGAAAUGCCCUUUGACCUAUAUCAAAUAGGGGUACCCCCCCACAGGGCCCCCUUUGGAAGAGUGGUGAGGCCCCCGCCCCUGCCUAGGUGUCAGACAGAACCAUUCCUCCUGGAUCCUUUUAACAGGAUACCCUUUCCCAAAGGGGGCAGGCAGAGGCUACAACCUCCCCUCCAGCCAAGAUCUAGGCUUACCCAAUUCCUAACCGCCUUAUAAAGUUGUGAUUUGCUAUGAGAAAGGUGAGAACCAGAUGGUGAGUGCCAAUUUGCCAAAUGGAAAAAUUCCUGCCCAGCCCUGAAUAUGGUGGCCGGCUUGGUCCAUAGCAAGGUGAAAGCACAAGUAAAAGCAAUCAAAUUAAGGGGUGGGGAUCCAACAAAAAAGGCAGGGAAGACUUCUGGGCAGGCCGCAAUUUAACGCCCCCUGGGAGUGGGCCCAAGCAUUCCCAUUGGCUGGUUGAGCCCACCACCAGGGGAACGCCCAUCCAAGGACUGCUGGUAUUGUCCAAUAGCUGGGAGCCAGGCGAUCGAGCCUGCCAUUCACUGGAUCAUUUGCAUGGUCUGAGGCCUGGCCACGAGACUGCCCACCAAGGAAUGUGAUCAGACUUCUAUUACUGGAUACAUGGGCUUUUUGAACUGUGUGCCACACUCCCUUUUCCAUCUGCAUUAACACCAGGGCCAGCACAUUGUUGGGCACCUGCAGAGGUCCACACUCCUGCAGGUGGCCCACUGCCCACACUCUGGAGCAGCCUGCUCAUGCUCCUCCUAGUUAUUUCUGCUUGUGCAUCUUGUCCUUUCCAAACAUGCCAGCACUGACAAGAGUGAGGUGAUGGAGAAGCAACCUCCAUUUCCCUUGUGCUCUGCCUCUGGGUAGUUGUGUGGAUGGGAAACAGAGGGAGAGGGCAAAGAACUGGACAGUGAUGCUUUGGAGAGGGGUGCAUUGAGUGUGAAUUGGCCCCCACAAAAAAAAAACCUGGAACUAGCGCUGAUUCACACAGAGGCACAGAAGCAAAUCCCUUUUCCCCCAUAGCUUAUACUGUACCUAUACCAUGGUACAGGAUCUAGCUUGCCAAUUCCUUCUGAUCUCCAUGCUUUUUCUGCUGCAGUUACAUUACAUGGGAACCAAGGUCCCAAUUUUCUUGUAAUAAGGAAAAGGGAAGAGCUAUCAUGUCCUUAGAAUGAAGGAAUUCUGAAUGUCUUCAGUUCAAAGAAGAGAGACCUAGCCUCCACAAAAGGGCACAUUUUUAGAGCAAUGAACAUUCUGAAAGCACAUUAAUGGCAGCUGAUGCAAAUGUGCCUAUUUUCCUCCAAGCUUAAGCUCUGGGUGGGGAAAAUGUUCGGCAAGUCUGAAGCAGAAACACAAUAUUGUUUGGCUGUGCCAGUGAUGUCUCAAAAAAGUUAAAAAAAAUAAGGUAAUGAACAAACUGCUUAUGCAACACUUUUUAAAAAAUAGAAAAGUAGACAAUCCAUCUGAUGCAUAGGAUGAGGGGCAAGGCUGAUGGCUGAGCUAGCAUUUGAUUUGCUAGUAAACACAUUUGUCAUUUCAAAUAGAAUGGCAGUGUUAUAGAAGAGUUUGCUUUGAUAACCGCCCCCCCCCCCGACAAUUCCACUUCAGCAGUGAGCAACCUGCCUGGUAUUUUUUCUAUACUCUAUAGAAUACUUAGCAUAACAGCAAAUUCAACACAGCCAGGAUCACAUUUUCCCCAGUACCAAUUCUUGGGUGUCAAACUAUCCUGGCAACAAGCUCACGUGGGGCCUGAUCUUCAAGGACACCCAGAAGUGUUUCUUCUCACUCUUCUUUGGUUCAGCGCCCUAAUAUUUACCACACACUACUUGGUGCCCUUGAGUCUGCUGGGUAAUCAUGGCCAUCUCUCUUUCACUGCUCACCUGUGUCUUGUCACUGGAAGUGUCAAAUGAGGGAACAGAGCCAACUCAAUCAUAAUCCAUUUACCAGCAGUGUUUUAAGCUCAGGCUGUAAUAAGAUCAGCCAGCUGGCUUGGGGUGUGUGUGCAAAGAGGGAAGCAAGGGAUAAAGGACCAGACUGCAGAACUUCACUCCGCCCUCCUUGACUGUGCCACCCUUCUCCAGGUACUACCAUCUCGAAGUGCAGGUGAAUGAUGUGAUACAGAUAAAUCUCAAUGAGAUCACCAACCUCAAACAUGACCUGGCAUGCACGGAGGAGAAAAUGGUCUAUCAGUCUUAUGAGAGGUCCCGGGACAUCUGGGUAAGGAGCUCCCAUGUCUAGGAGCCCAAGAUGUAUGCAUGGCACUAUUAUGAAGGGCAGCGAGUAGGACAGUGGAGUGAUCCUCUUGUUAUUGGCCAUGACAGAAUGUGUGGUUGCAGAGGCAAUGAGGUAUAUCACAUUAUGGGGUAGGCCAUAACAGUCAGCUUUAGAUGCAGCAGUGUGUUUCCAGAGGGAUGUCAUGUAUUGCCUAUGUCAAAGUAGAAUGCUAGGAAGCUCAGAGGAUUCAGGUCAAUAUUAAUUAUAUAGCUUAGAAUAUUGGAGGGUGGGGUGGCAUUGACCUUUUUGUAGAGUGAUACCCAAGGUGGGUGGGUGUGUACUGAUUCAAGCUGGCCAGUGGAUGGUUUUAUUACCCAUAUGCUGAUAUGUUCCUUAUUGGCAAGUAUUUCACUUGCAUAUAUUGUAACACCAUUAUCACAUGAACUAUGGGACCUAUAACAAAAUUAUACAGUGGGGAAUGCUCCCAUUCAGGAAGUUCCAUUUCAGUCCCCUUCCCAAUCACAGGAGCCAGCUCCUAGGGGCUGUGGGGGCUUUGGCUCCCACAAUAAAAUAUUCGAGGGGGCUGGGCCCCCACAAAGUUGAUGUGCAUUCCCAUUAAAAUGGUCUGCAUGCACUGCCUCAUGUGAUUGAUUAUGCAGGGUGGGGCUUACCUAGAUCCCCACAAUAUUUUAUUCAAGUUGGCACCCCUGUUCCCAAUGAUUUUCUUUCCCCCCUCUUCCCAAUGAUUUUCUGUUUCCCAUCUCUCAGUAAGCACUCUAUUGCUACAGAAUGUGCUUGAACUCCAUUGGGCUGUUUUGCCCCCCUCCCCAAUUUAUGUCCACCAAAUAUUUUUGUGUACUACUUCUGCACACCUUGGGGUCUCCCUGAGCUUGCUGAUGCCUCCCUUUUGUAUGAGCAUUGUGCCACUUGACUACCUAAGAACUGGCACUUGGCAAACUGAGAUUGCUAACAGGAUAUAAGAUAGGACCAUCAAAGAAUAGCAUUAUAAUUUAAGAAUUGCACAUUCCAGGCGAGAAAUAAGGGUGUGGGAACCCAAACAGGUUUAUCUGAGGGAAAGACCAGCCAUUGUGGGGACAGGUGGUCUAGAACCUGAUCUGAUCUGGACCUCAUACCUUCUCCUUUUACCCCUGCCAGGAGGUGCUGGACUCCUACCAGACCCGGCUGGCCAAACUCGAAAUGCAGCAGCAAACCCAGCAACAGGAGGCCAUGGAGCUGCCCCAGGCCAGUGUGUAUAAACUUUAUGGACAGCUCAUAAACCUGCUGCUGACCAUUGCCACCAUUCUCUUGGUGUGUGUUUCUACUAUUUCAGCCUGUUCCCUUCCUCUCCUGCGCACUCGCUGGCGUGCCCUGGCCACUCUGCUUGUGAUUGUCAUCAUAAGCGCUGCCUGGAAGUACUUGCCCGUCAUUCGUCAACAGGAAUGGAGAACAUGGCUUCCCUCUGCCUGGUAGACAGAGAACAAAAUGGCACACAAAUUUCCUUAUCCAUCCUGAUGCUCUCCAACACUCCCUACUCUCAAUGCUUAUUUAACUACUUGUUUGUUUGUUUAUUUAUUAAUUAAUUAAAAAUUAAGAGCCUAUUC